AUGAGCGCGCCGCCACCACCUCCGCCGCAUGGCGAGGUGCCCAAGUCGUCGGGUUCGGGUCUGCCUCCAGGCAAUUACGACAUAUUCGUCAUUCCCCAGCAUUCAUCAGGCUCUGGCUUUCUGUACCUGCCAUCGAUGCAACCGAACGUCAAUAGUUUCGUGGCAGGCUUUGCCUCCGCACUGAUAUGUGUUGCCCUGUUCCAAGCCGUGGCACCGGCCGUGAAGCUGUGGAUUAAUGGCUCCAGCAUAGGAGGUACGGGCUUAACCACGCUCUUGUUGGGGGUUGGCAUUGGAGCCUGGGCCCUGGGCCGGAUGCAGACCGGUGGCCCGGCACCUGCGUCCAGCUCAGGCGAUAAAGGCCAAGGUGGAGGAUUCGGUAACGGACAUGGGCCUCACGGCGCAAAUGGCGGACACGGUGGCUUCGGAGGCCCAAACUCGGGAGGGCGAGCAGACCCCAAUGCGCCGCCGCCUCCUCCCCCCCCUCACGGUCGUUCUACCGAUGGCCCACCUCCUCCUCCACGCCAUGAUCGAUCCCAGGGAACCUGGAAGAGUGCGGAUGCCCAACCUGAAGAGACACCGCGGCCGCCUAAGCAUGGUUCUGAGCCGGCCUCGUCGCCUUCUCACCGCUCGCCAUCUCAAAAAGGCCCACCACCUCCAACCCCAAAGUCACCACUGGACACCGAGAAGCAACGCCAACGCCAGCCUGCGCCAUCGGAGGAAAAGCCGGCUCCUGAGGUAGAGAAGCCAAAGAAGAAGAAGAAGAAGGCACCGCCUGCAGAAGAGAAGAACCCAAUCCCAGAACCUGAAAGGGCACCUCUGAAAUCUGAGCUGAAGCAGCCUGGCUUUGAAAAGAUGUCUCCGGUGUUUGGGAGAAACUCCCCAGAACUUGAGAGGAAACGACCCUCCUCGCCAGAAAAGAAGUACCCUCCACCAGCAGAGUCAAAACCGUCCCUUUCGCCGGAAAGGAAAAAGAGCGUGCCUGAGCUAGCAAAGAUACCUGACUUUGACAAGAAAGCGGCUGCUGGCUUAGAGAAGAUGACAGCAACACCUAAAGCAGCGUCGAAGCUACCGCGCAUGCCAGACCUGGCACCUAUCCCCCCAUUUCGACCAGAUCCACGGCCAGAGAAGCAAACGCCUCUCAAGCCAGACACUCCCGUGUCUCCUGAGACUAAGCAACAGCCACCGCCUCCUGAACCCAAGCUCGAUCAAAAUCCUCCUCCUCAGCCGGACAUGAAGAAGGCCGAGACACCGAAAGGAACGUGGGAGAAGGCGCGCGAAGAAAUGAGAAAGAAGGAAGAAGACAGGAGGCUUAAAGAAGCAGAACAAAAGCGUCGCGAAACAGCUGCCAAAAAGCUGCUCGAACUGCGUGCCAAGGAAGCAAAGGAGCGGCAGGAGCGCGAGAAGGAGAAGCUUCAAAAGGAGACAGAACAGCAGGCAAGAGAAGAGGCGGAGAGGCAUGAGGCAGAGCGGAGGCGCAAACAAGAAGAACUGGAACUGGCUAGGCAACGAGAAAGGGAAGCGAGGGAAAGAGAAGCGAUAGAGAAAGAAGCCAAGGUGUUGGAAGCCAGGGAAAGGGAGGCGAAAGAGCGAGAGGCGAGAGAAAGAGAGGCGAGGGAAAGAGAACAGCAACGAAAGAGAGAAGCUGAAAUCAAAGCUGCAGCUGAAAAGAGAGCUGCAGCAGAUGCCAAGGCGGCUGCGGAGGCCAAAGCUGCGACAGAGGCCAAGAUUAUUGCUGAUGCCAGAGCCGCAGUCGAGGCGAGAGCUGCAGCUGAGGCCAAAGCCGCCGCAGAGGCCAAGGCAGCUGCUGAAGCAAAGGCUGCCAUGCCAGCAAGUCGAGUCGGCAGCACCGCCUAUGCAUACUCCAGCGUUGGCGAGAAGACGGCCAUGUGGCCCAACGGCCGACCUCCUGCACCCCCUCCUCCAUCGACCUCCUCCCCCUCCGUGGUCUCUUCGGCAACCUCUAGGAUGUCUGACGAAAGCGACCGAACAGAACGGACAGAACGGACAGAGAGGUCGGAGAGACACGAGAGAUUUGACAGAGGUGAGAGCCCUACAAAGCGGCCACCUCCCGCUGCUGCCCCAUCUGAGGCUCCUUCGUCCGCCUCGAGGAGAUCAGACCCCUCGGCAAGACGAUCAAUGCCCACUCCGAAGUCAUAUGUUAGUAGCAACAGCAGCUAUGUAGAGUCGGAGACGUACUCUUACCGGCCAUACGACCAACCAAGCAAGCCACAACCGCAACAUCAGAAGUCGACAUCAUCUCUCACAGGAUCCGACGCAUCGUGGGCGGCAUCUCAGACAACAGCUCGAACGACACCACCGCCCUCGAUACGAUCUCCCUACACGACUAAUGAUCCUGACAAGGUUGUCAUCCAAUCCGUGUAUCUCUUCAUGAACCAGUUCACAAAGACGCCAUCCAGCCAGCUCAUAUCAGGAGUUGGCACGGUGACAGACGGCUUGGUUCUUCGAAUCACAACCGAGGGACUCUUCAUUGACGACGACGUUCGCGGAGUCCCCCAGCGCGAGUGGGACGUCAAGGCCUGGACACUCAAACUUGUCGAGACUGGGGAGUGGAAAUCCAAGGGCCUACAUGUCCUUCGGGCGACACUUCGCGACCAAGAAGCCAAAAGCUACCUUUUUAUUGUUGAGGAAACCGAGGGCUGGAAACUUGCUGUUGGACUACAACGGCUGAGACGCGGCACCCAAGUCCGCCAAUUGGGCGUUGCUAGUUUACCCCCUUCCGAAGCUCGUGGCAUGCUGGAAACGUUGGGUUGGGUUGCGUGA